CAUGUUUCCCCGCGUUCCAGUCUCGCAGCGGCACUCGCGAGUGACUGUUCGUGUGGAUUCGUGGAACGAUAACUGCUCUGAUCGAAGAAAAGAAGGAAAAGAAAAACGGAACGAAGGACAUUACAGGGGCACGCGUGUUGUCUAUAAUAUCUAUAUCUGUCUCUAUAUACAUAUAUGUAUAUAGAUAUACGCGUAUACAGUAACGCGCGCGCGCAAAGGACGAGUUCUUUCCUCAGUGCUGCGUUCGAGAACUGACACGACACACACCGCGAACGUCGUUGCAGCGAGUAACACGACCGAAUAUCGAUAGAAAAGAUAGUGAAGAAAGGGGAAGCAGUACGGUAACAUCGUCACUGCUCCGAUCGUUUUCCUUUCUUCCCAUAACCUCCGCGUCUUUCUUUUUUUUACUUUUAUACGUAACCCGUGUAGCGAUACGAAACGGUCGUGUACCAUAACCUUAUUUCCCAACGUAACAUCGUUUCACCAAAAGUGAGAAUCGAUUGCGCGAGUGACAGCUUGUUCUAUCUUUUGGAGCUACACGAUCUGUAAAGCAGUGUGACAGCAAGGAAUAUUUCGUGAUCGUACCUUAUAGGAGAACGCACGGUGAGAAGAGGACUGUGGAUACGCAACGAGGAGAAUAUUCCGAGGGUAUUACGGAACUAGUGAUCUUCCACUGACGUCAUUUCGUACUUUUGUGCUUCGUUCGAGGGACGAGAAUAGUGUUCGCUGAGCCGACAAAGACACUCUCGUGAAUCCGAGAGAAUCGUCCACCGAUCACCCAACACCAGAUCUAAAUCUUUAACGCCACUGUCGACGUUGCUGUCGUCCAGUGGCGCAUCAUCAAGGAGUCGCGAGGUGUCGGCGGCAAAACGGCCGAUCGUGCGGACGUGCUGAGUACUAUUCCGCGGCUGCGAGUACCAGCAACAGCCCGAAGAUUCUCCCAGCAAAGGGCAAGAUGCACAUGGAGGUGCAGGUGGCGCUCAACUUCGUGAUAUCAUACCUCUACAAUAAGCUACCGCGAAGGCGAGUCAAUAUCUUCGGCGAGGAGCUGGAAAAGGCGCUGAAGGAUAAGUUCAAGGGUCACUGGUACCCGGAGAAACCGUUCAAGGGAUCCGCGUUCAGAUGUCUGAAGACUGGCGACCCAGUGGAUCCAGUUCUGGAACGGGCAGCCAAGGAGAGCGGCGUGCCUAUUCAGGAUAUCCUGGAGAACCUACCAGCCGAGUUGGCCAUCUGGGUCGAUCCCGGAGAGGUGAGCUAUCGAAUUGGCGAAAUGAACGCGGUGAAGAUCCUUUACUCUGAAACCGGAGAUCCACACGACGAGAGUUCGGCCGAUCGAGAAGUUACCAAGACCUUCAAUCCCGAGGCUCAGUGCUUCAGGCCUAUCGAAGCCGUAGGCACUUCCUUGAGUGGGCUCAGUCUCAGCCCCAAGUCCACGUCGCCCUUCCCAAGCUCGCUCGGAAGCAAUGCGAGCAAUGGAUCGUCAAAUAAUCAGCAAAGUGGUCAUGGGUCUGGCUCCUCGUCGGCACCUUCGCCGACGCCUAUCACCAGCUCGUUCAAGGGUUCGCCUAGUCCCGUCCCGGCUUUCAUCCCACGAACUACCGCACCGCUCACAUUCACCACCGCCACAUUCGCGCAGACUAAGUUCGGUAGCACUAAACUGAAAACCAGCAGCAAACGGGCGAACAGAAUGUCCCCCACCGAGUUCUCGAAUUACAUCAAGCAACGUGCCAUGCAGCAACAGAUCCAUCAUCAUCAUCAUCACCAACAGCACCAACAGCAGCAGCAACAACAGCAACAACAACAGCAACAACAGCAGCAAGCUGGUGCUGGUGGCUUGCCAGUGUCGCAGAGUUCUCCUCGGAGUCGCAGCCUGUCACCAGGAAGCAUAGUGACUGGUGCCGGUCAACAACACGCAGAUCCAAGCGCAUAUUUCUUCCAGCACGGUCCAGCCGCGUAUCAUCCUCAAUUUCCUCACCGCAACAUCUUCGAUUCGUCCAGCCAUGGUGGUUACCUCUCCGCUGAUCUAUACACAGGCGUGAACUUCCCGUCAUCUUACCUCGAUCCAACGACGAUCGCUGGCCAUCAAUUCUACGGUGGCAGCGUGAACGGAACCAGCAACGCUGCAGGCAGCAAUGGGAACUCGCAGAGCGCUGGCAAUCUCGGCCCGGUUGGCUCAGCCGCGACGAACAGCAACGUGAACGGUUCUGGCCAGCAACAGGAUAAGACAGCGCUUGUCGAAGGUCUGAACAACUUUGGCCUCGGCUCCGUGGCGCCGUAUCCGGCCAGCCAAUACCAGCAUCUCCUCGUAGCCAACUAAUACCCCGCGCAAGUGAAGACCAACCGACUGGCGCGACUCGAUUCGCGCCUGCUCCUCUGUUGCUUCGCCGGACAGGCAGGAGGACAGUCGGAGGAUCGUCUGAGAGACCGGGUCGAUUGUAACCGUUCCUGGCCAUCAUGACAACGUUCCAGUCUCUCCCUCAUGCGUCGAGACGUCGUCCAGAGUCUAGGUUCCGUAACCCUAACACACAUACACAAACCCGAUUUCGCUUGCACCAUCUGAUUGGAGGGCUUCUCGCGCACGCAGCGGACGAUGCCGUCGAGAUUCCUGCUCACCCACUAAAUAGUUCCCACUCUGUCUCUCUCUGACAAAAGGAGCAUCCAACCGGAAGCCGCCAUGUUACCUCUACAUAGCCAAAUCCUUAACGGAUCGGUCCUCUUAAACAUCUUCGUCGUGAUACUCUGACGGUGAUGAAUUUUUCAUCAAGGAAGCAUCCAAAAUUCAUCGACUCCUGUUUUCUCAUUCGAUCCUAUUCCGGAUGGCCGAGAGAGGAUUCUUACGUGAUACUCUCUCGUACGAUGGACAGCCAAUAGUAUAUGUAUGAACAACGUGUAGAUUAAGGCAGGGAGACAGGGAGCGGAAGAAAAGAGAUACCUUCGGCAGAGAGGACGCAAUCAGCACCGAGGAAGAGGCACCGGGUCGACGCGCGCGCGGGUCAAGACGACGAGACUAUUCGCGUGAUAGAGGGAUAAUGAGAACGAGAGAACGAAAGCGGGAGAGUGCGAAAGAGAGAGAGAGAGAAAGAGAGAGAAAGAGAGAAAGAGAGAAAGAGGAAAGAGAGAACGUGCGAGAGAGUGAGAGUGAGAUUAUAUAGAGCAUGUAUAGAGGGAUUCGAAUUCGGUGCGCCUGUGUGCUGAGGCGUGCGUGCAAGACGUUCAUAGGAGAGGAAUGGUGAAGGAACGAAGAGGAGGAGGGACUGUUCGAAGCGAUGGGACUCGCGAACGCGAACUUUGCAACCGACUAACGUAAUAGAAAACUGCGUGUAUCUAAUAUACUGUAACUGUAAAACAACAAUACGAACAUCAUGGACCCCGAUUGAGAUGGCGCUGGGCGCCCGUUCGAUGAAUAGCUGCUCCCUGUGUGUCUCGUUUAAUCUACUAGGCGGGACAUUUUGAAACAAGCUGGAAAGAUAAAAUUGUCAAGAACAGAAUGUACACGUAACUCUAUAUAGAUCACACAGAGAGAUCAAUUUGUGAUUUUUUUUCGACGUUUCAGAGAAAUAGAGAAGAAGAAAGAGAAAAAUAUAAAAUGUCGAACGAUGCGCCAAGCGCCCACACCUGGGACAGCGAAAGAGCCAAGAGACACACACUCACACAUACACAGAAACGAGCAACAGCGUGCGUAAAAUUUCACACGGGCCAGAUUCACACGCAAUGGACACACUCAAUCCUGAAACAUUUUACCUGGCCAUCUACACACUUACACAACCCAUAACGUCUACAUUGAACCACACGGAACGCCCCGCCUGGCUGGUGGCGUGCUGGCGACACUCACGAUCGCAUACACACAUAUUACACAGAGACACAGGAUACACACACGCGUGCAUCACGCGUCCGUGCAAAAGACACAGGAGGGCGGGGUGUGCGGACACUUAAUAUCGCGCACGACUUCACCAACACGUACACACAGAUAUUACCAACGUGUAAUAAUUUAUUUUUUCACUGGUAUAGUCGGAGAAUUGAUAUUGAAUAUAUCUGUAGAGCCUAUGUAUUAUAUUCAAAAUAUGCACUCACUUCGCGGGUUGUCGCGAAACGGUAUAGGGACGGCCUGUAUCCGCUCUGUCGAACCAUCGACGAACGAACACCCCCGGUCGUAGUCGUACACGCAUUUCCCGUUUAUUCCUCUUGUUCGAUCCGAAGAACGAUCGAACAGAAAAUAUACGCGAACGAGCAAAUAGAGGAAAAGAAAGAGGACAAAAGGAAGACGAAGAGAAAAGUUGUUAGAAGCGGUUUAAAAUGCGACGAAGAACGCGAGGACGGCUGCCGUGGGAUUCUUUCUCGAUCGAGACGCAGAUGGUGCUCGCGGUUCCAAUACCGUUCGGAGAACUCGUUCUCGGUACGAUUUUACAUUUUAUUUUUAUAAUAAAUGCAGUAGAGCGUAGGAGAAGAAAAAAAAGUGAAAAAAGCAAAGGAGAGAGAGGAGAGCGGAAGAGGUAGAAAGGGAAAAAGAGAUAGAGAGUGGCGGCGUGUUCGCACGAACGGGAAUAUGGCCGCGUUGCGUCGCUGCCCCGCUUAUGAUACCGUACCGCUUCCGGUCCCGAGUUUAAUCUCUCCGGGCGCGAUUUCCUUUCAACGUGACGUCCUCUCCCCCAUCCUAUGCACCUAUGACGUUCAACCGGACAUCGCUGAGAUUCUCGAAACGGAACAACAUCAUCCGAUCGUGAGCAAACUUCGCGAUACACCAGCAAACGUCUAUAAACUUUCGUAAACUUUCUUAAUUCCACCGCUAUCGAGCUUCUGGCUCUCCUUCGAUUCAUAUGAUAUAUAUAUGUGUGUAUACCUUAUAUCGAUCCUACUGGCGGAGGCAAAACGAUUAUUCGAACUUCCGUUAGUCGCCUCCGGUUUGACGAUGUUGGAAGAUCGAGGACAAAGGACGCAUCGGAAGGGAAACAAAGCCACGGCGGUGAAGGGGUUGGAGCAGCGAGCAACCAGCCGGUUCGCGUUCGCGAGAUUAAUUAGGUGAUUACGUUAUUAAAGGCCACUGUUACUGUCCUCGACGGCCGUGCUACGACCGUGCUCGUGACCCCGAACACACCUCACGGCGUUCAUACGCUUGCGGGCUCUUUGCGAUGAGCGUUAUACGGGACAAGUUCAAUUUUCUAGGAUAGUUACUGUUUUCAUCGAUGUAUGAUAGAUUUCGCAUCUUUUGAAAUCGCUAUAUUGUCUGUUUAACGAAUAAGUUUAUCGAGAAAAGUUGAUAAAAUCUAGCGAUUGAGGAAGCGUGGCUAGACUGUUUUAUACGUUUAUCUUUAAGAGAUCGAUCAUGUAUGCAAUUAUUUCAAUUCUGUUUUCGGAUAUCUAAAUGUAGAAGGCAAAUUGAUUAUUCGAUUUAAAGAAAAUUAAUAAUACGUUUAGCUCGCUGAACAGCAUAAUGAAUAAGUAGAAGUACUUGCUACAAACCAACCUGAGAUAUCUAAAGUCACACAGUAUAAGGCAAAUCGAUUAUUCCAUAUUAAACAAGCAAAUAAUAUCUCAAAAUCACUCCUCUAUUUCUACAAGCCAUUUGAAAUAUCGAAAAGCGUCCAGCAUAAGACAAGUUGAUUAAUCGACCUUCUACUCUUACAAACCAUCUGAGAUAACUAAAAACGUCCAGUAGAAGAUAAGUUGAUUACUCAAUAAAAACCAUAUUUAUGGUACUCUGAAAUCAUCAUUCCACUUGUAUAAAUGAUCUGAAAUAUUUCAAAACGGACAGUGACAGUAUCAAAAUCAUUUGAUCGAUAAGACACCUAAAAUCGUACAGUAUAAAACAAGUCUAGCGAAGAAGUCUCAAAAAAUGUCCAAUAGCUUAACGCAAGACCGCAAACUACAGACCCAAAAGUCAGCGUUCGAGAUUAACCUGAUGAAUCAUAAUUUCUUCUUAUUCGAUCGCUUGUCAGAUCGGGUCAUGGUCGUUCUCGUCCGUCGAGCAGCGUAGAAAAAGCACGACAGCAACGUUGGCGGAGGUGUCGCGAGCCGCGGGCCGGGCACUAGGUGCUAAAAGUAUUAAAAAGUGUUUAAUCUUGUCGUCGUGGGACAAACGUACGGAAUACGCGCGGCCAGAGAUUGUCGACUAGCUCGUGUACUCUUUCUUUUUUUUUUCUUAACGGCAUAAAACGAUGGAGGAUAGAUGGCGUUUGCGUUGGUCGAUCAGCUCGGUCCAAUCGAGUCCUCUCUUAGACUAGUUUCGAAACUUUAGCGUGACUUUGUAUCGUGUAAGUGUAUAAGUAGCAUAAUUUUUAGGCGUAACUUUCGUCGUUCUUUCGUACGAAUUUUUAUAUAGCCAGUUUUGUAUGACCGACGCCAAGCAGCAGCUUCCUGUACCGCGGUCGUUCCGUCUUGGACCGAAUAUCGUAGCGAUCGACCGACUCUGAAAACGAAUCGAUGUCUUCGUUUACCUUCAUCCAAUGCUUUCAGUAGCGUAUUACAUCGAGAAUCACACAAGAUUUCCCACGAGAGAAAAAGAAUUCUUCGAUAGAUAACAUGUGUCAUCGAAGAGUCGUGGUUCUUGCUUAGUAACGCGUCGCUCAAAAGAUCUAGAAAAGAUCUGGAAAAAAGGAUCGAUGACAAGAUCGAAGCUAAAUCGAAGCUUCGCGUUAGGAGCAAUUGGAAAUUUUGGGAUUUGAAGAAAUAUCGAACGAAAGAUGGAAACGGCGAGCGAGUCGGCAGGUUUCCGGCCACGCGAGGGGUGCUAAAAACAAGUUUUUAACCGCGGAACUAACAAGGGUAAAGAGGGGGCGAGAAAGUGCGGGUAACAGAGGCGUGAGGGGAUAAAACGGGAGAUCAGUACCCUUUAGUAAUAUCUAAACUUAAUUGUAACUAUUAACGAUACGUACGACUGUGGUAGCUAUGCUAGUACCUGCUAUUGUUAAAGAGAGAGAGGUUGGAGAGAGCAAGAGAGAACGAGCGAGAGAAAUC